CGGUUCCGGGCCGUCGUAGCGCGAUGGCGUUCCCGGGUGGAUAAAUCACUAUUGCCGGAUACCGCCAGAGUGUCGUUGAUCACUUGCCGAGCGAUGGAGGCGGAACGAGUGGCGCACGGUCGACUUUGCGACCUCGUCGGUGACGUGCGCACGGCGUUCGGGCCCAACCUGAUGGUGUACUUGCUGUUUUUGUUUCUCGAGCACCUGGCUCGGUUUUACUCUUUGGCCUAUCUGAAAUGGGCCAACCACUCGGCAACCGGCGCCAACGGAAUCGAAGCGCUAGAACCGCUGCUGUUUCUGGCGCACGCUUGGACCGGCAUGUUCCUGGUGGCUAAUCUCGCGCACAAGCUCACCGAAAUUAGUAAAGAGAUUAUGGUAGACUUGAGAAGUAUAUCCAUACAGAAAUUACCUCAAGAGUGCGUUGAUCAGGUGAGUUUCUUCAUGUGUCAAAUAGAGCAUUCCAACACAGAAAUCAACGUUUUAGAUCUCUUCAAAGUGAACAAAACUAUGUUAACGUCUAUAGGGUUGGUAUUGGCUACGUACAUCAUUGUUUUAGUGCAGUUAUCGUCGAACAUCAAAUCAAUAUUUGCAAACAUAGGCGUACAUAAUUCUUGUAUUAUAUUAUAUUAUACGCGUCAUGGGUCAUAGUAAAUAUAAACCGUUGCAUUGUAAGCAAGUUAUGUCUUUCAACAUAUUUAGUAUUGUUAUCCUAUACAACUUAUGUAUCCAUAAGGUAUACAAAUUUUGAUGCCUAUCGAAAAAAAAAACGCAAUCGUCAAGUCAAGACGACAUAUUAAAAAAUGUCUUUAGGUACGUCCAAUAGUCUUAUUAUAGUAAGUAAUAACCGGUGUACAUUGAAUGUAUUCUGUCGUCGCACGUGGAAAUACGAUAUGAGAAAGUUAUAUUUUGAGUUUCAGGGUUGUGCUUUAAGUGUACCGACUACUGAGGUACUGGCCAUUUCUCUCACCAUAGUAUAUGCAUACUUUCUAAAUGUGUAACAUUUUAAAUAAUUGUUCCAACGGAAUAAGAUAAUGUAUAGAAAUAAUAAAAUUAACCAGUAAAAUCAUAACAAAAAUAACCUGAAGGCAGUACUUAUAAUGUAUAACACUGCUUAUUAUGCUUGUAAAAAGCAGUAUACUUAGUCCACACCGCAAUGUACCUAAUAUGAAUAACAGCAAGUAGGUACAUGUACCGUUUCUUACUAGUGGGUAAAAUUCAAUAGACUAACGGAAUACCGGUAUAGAAAUCUUAAUUUAGUCAGCCCAAGGAUGUUUUCACUACCGUCCAUAGACAAAAGUGUUAAAUAGCCAGGAGAGCAUCAGCUAUAUUAUAUUGUACAAGUAAAUAUAGAAUUGAGCAUUUAAUUUUUGUUAUUCCGUGU